AUGUCAAGUGAAACAUCCAGUGAAUCUGAAGUCGAUCCUAACAGUGACCUUUUAGAUUGUACUGAUGAAGAAUUACGAGAUUUUAAAAUAAACAAUGAUUUACCAAAAAAUACUGAUCCUUCAGAUGAAGAUAAAACUCUUGAUAACAAUCGCAAUCAAAAUGAUCUUUAUUCCUCCGAAAAUAAGGAAUUAGAAGAGGAUGAAAAUUUUGGAACCGAUAAUACUUUUUCAAAUCAUAGAUUUUACAACAAUGAAGAUAAAAACUCUGAUGAUGAGUUAGAUGCCCAAAAUUUUCAAUCAUUAAACGCCAAUACAGAUGAAUGUGAACAAUUUCAAAAUUCGGAAACCAUCACUAAUGAAACCAAUACACAAAAUGUUGAUUAUUCAUUUGGUGAUUCAAUACCUCCUCAAGAUCCCAGUGAAAAUGAUCUCGAACAAAAAUCUGAAGUGGAUUCUGAACAAUUGUUAGAACCAGAUUCAGAACCUAAAUCACCAGAACCAUCAUGCGACCCUUCCGAAUACUCUGAAUCCAACAAAGAUAAUCAACCAGAGGAACAUGAAGAAAAAGAUUCAUUUGACAAUGAAACUCCUGAACAAUUGUCAGAUCAGGUUUCAGAAAAGUUAUCCGAGUCAGUUCCCGAUCAAAAUUCUGAACAAUUAUCGGAACCACAGGUUGAACAAAUGUCAGAAACAACACCGCAAACAGAGGUUGCACAACCAGAGUCACCGCGUACGGAUUCCAAGUCUAAACAUCACAAAAGGUUUAAAUCCACAACGAAAACAUUCGAAUCACUGUUCCACAAAUCAUCCAUCGGAAAGUCGAGCAAAUCAAAAACUAAAAGUUCUUCAAAAACAGAGGAAACUCCAUCAUCAAAAGACGUAGUUGUAACUAGCACAUCAUCUUAUACAUCUUCAGCAACAAAGAAAAAGGAUAAGGGUCCUUGUUGGACAUACUAUGAAAUACCAGGUAAACCAGGAAGAAAAGGACCAACACUGGGAGUAUUUUGUGACUCUAUGAGGUCAAACAAAUCUUACCAAAGAACAGAUACGAGCAAGGACCAAAAGUGUAUAGUACUGCAGACACCAGAUUCACUAGAGAGAUAUCUGCACCCAUUUCAAGUGGUUUCAAACUACUACUUAAACACAAACUACAUUAAGUACUACACUAACAGCAACAACAUGGAAGAUUCAGUAGUUAAUAGUUAUUAUUAUACAAACAUGAUGACACAAAGAAAGACACUCUUCCCGUAUUGCGUUACGAAAACGAUAUCAGGAAACGUGCCCGGAAUGGGAAGAGUUUUAGCAUGCGGAACACAAUGCGGGAAAAUAAUUAUAUACUCAUUUUUUACACUCGACGAACUGAUCGUUCUCGAUACUAGAACGGUCUACGACAGGUAUUUAUCAAGAGAAAACUCAAUAGAUUCUGAAACUGAUUUCGAUAUCGAUAAAGCUAUAGAUUCCACAAUAUUUGAAGUUAAUUCACUGGCAUUCAUAACAACAUUCGAAAAUUAUAGUACAAUUCUAGCAAUAGGGAACCAUUUAGGACACCUUUUACUGUACCAGAUACCCAAAAUGCAACUAAUUAAACUUAUAUACCCGUCUAAUAUGUCAAAUGCCAAUAUGUACCUAAGAUCCAAUUCUUCCAAUACAAUAACAUCUAGCAUGUCCAUUACUAGUUCUUGCUGUGAUGAAAGUGAGUCAGAGUCUGUUCUGAUAGACGAACUUGAACUAUUAAAAUUUAGGAGACAUAAAAUAUUAAACCCAAACAACCAACAAGAUUCGGAAUCACAAAAUGAUGAAGUGGCCUUUAUAACAUGUCUGGGCUACUGUCCCACUACAGGAGACCUCUGGGUAGGUUAUGGAAACUCGUCGUUUGCAAUAUACUCGAGCACCUUCAAACUUAAGAAGUUUUACACCUCAAAUAGCCUGUCAGACACCAACAAUAACAUAGUAAUUGAUGACAACGUCUAUGGAGUUAAUAACUUCGAGUAUUGCACCUACGAACAAAUAGUUCUGGUGGUUUACGGGAACGUCAAGGUUGAUAUAUUCACCUUUUCGGGAAAUUUUCUUAGCACCAUCAGCUCCACGAGACUAACUAAUGCCACAACUCCAAUUUCCUCAGUUCAUGUUUCCAAUAACCCUAACGGCAGUAUACUCUACAUAGGGUUAAUGGACGGCUCUCUCCUUGUAAAACAGAUCAUGUACAAUACUAACAAGAAUAUCAUUGCAAAAGAAAACGGGGACCAUAAUGAUGGUUUGGAUGAAUUGGUAAUCAACACAAUUGAAUUCAUCUUGCUCUACAAAUUUAUUUACAAGUUCGAUGGAGAAAUAAACUCCGGAGCACCAGUAACAUGUAUUUGUCCUGUUCCAUCACAACAGCUCGUCCUACUUGGAGACGCAUCAGGAGGUCUAUCUGUCAUAUCUAACUUAACCAUAUAA